CUUUGUGCGCGUCAUCAGCAGUUUACCAUUUUGUUCUCCAACCGGGAAGUGCUUUAUCCUCCAGUAGAUUGGAUUUGUUGCGCUGCGGCUGGAGUUGCAUUCAUAUCUUUAAAGAUAAGUUGAGGAGUAGCCAUGACGACACUGGACGAUAAACUUCUUGGGGAAAAGCUCCAGUACUACUACAGCAGCAGCGAAGGCGAGGGCAGCGACGAUGAGGAGGAGGAGGAUGAAGCCAAGACCAUCCGUAACCCUGAUGUGCUGGAGCCGGAGAUAGAGUACAGCGCUGAUGGCAGUGCCGUCAACACAGGCCCGAAGGGGGUGAUCAACGACUGGAGGAAAUACAAGCAGUUGGAGGUGGAGCAGAGGCAGGAGCAGAAGAAGGAGAUGGAGAGGCUGAUCAAGAAGCUGUCCAUGACCUGCCGCUCAGACCUCGACCUGGAGAACGACAAGGAGAAGCAGAAGGCGCUUGAAGAAAAGAUUGCUGGGAAAAUGACCCUGCAGGAGUACAACAUGCUGCAGGAGCAGGAGGACGACGAGGACUUCCUGCAGCACUAUCGCACGCAGCGCAUCGAGCAGAUGCGCCGGCAGCUGGGCCGCGGGAAGCGCUUUGCGCAAGUCCUCAGCCUGGAGAGUGGGGAGGAGUUCCUGGAAGCCCUGGACAACGAGGACAAGAGCACGCUGGUGAUGAUCCACAUCUACGAGCACGAGGUGCCGGGUUGCGAGGCCAUGCGCGGCAGCCUGCUAUGCCUGGCGCAGGAGUACCCGCUGGUCAAGUUCUGCUGCGUGCGCAGCGGGGCCAUCAGCACCAGCGCCCUGUUCCGGGGCAGCGCCCUGCCCGCGCUGCUGGUGUACAAGGCCGGAGACCUGAUCGGGAACUUCGUGCGGGUCACUGACCAGCUGGGGGAGGACUUCUUUGCCGUGGACGUGGAGGCCCUGCUGCAGGAGUACGGCCUUCUGCCCGACAAACCAGCCACCGUCAUGCCCAAGACCAUCCGCAACGGGGCCAUCGUGCAGCACCUCCAUGAGGACGACGACUCUGAUCUGGAGAUAGACUAGAGGCCCCCUUUUAUCUCACGCACCGCACUCACAUGAAGGAUACACAUGCUGCAUAGUUAGGCAUAGACCACUCUGUGUUUUUGAAGACUGCAUGAUGCUCCCACUGACCCAAUGAAAUGGACCUAAAGUAAGCAAAUCAGUACAAAAACGAAUUAAUGACGCUAAAGUCCGUUCCAUCAUCAUGUCAUAUUCAUUCCAUUGUAAACACCAUAUUUAACAAGAGUUAAUCUUGGCCUAAAAGAAGAUAGGGAUUAUGGUGCUAAAUAGGUCCAUGUGUUUGGUUCAGCUUUGUAUCUUUUAUUUAUUUCUGUUAGUUAGUUUUCUGUUUAGGUUGCAUGUGUUGUGUUUCACUGUUUUGAGGUGUAAAUCCUACUGGCUGCAUUUGGCUUUAUUUAGUUUUAUAACUUUUAUAUGUGUUUGGCCAUUACAAACUUGUUGAUGAGUGAUAGAGAAAAUAAAAAAAUAUUUGAAGACUGUC